UUACGUCCUCUCGCUUCUCUCACUUCUCACGCGCCAAAACCCUAAACCGCCGCGGCCGCCGCCUUCUUCUUCGACAGCUCUCCCUGUGACUGCCCGAUCAGGCCACGCCGGAGCGCCUCUGACGCCGUUGUCCGAUUCAUCUGGAGAAACUCCUCAGGCAGCAAGAACAAUGGCUCGAUUCAAUCAUAAGAAAAGGCGGGGGCUUGUAAAGCCACCUGUUGUAAAGAAUCAACCUACUGUAGAUCAGAUUACUGGUCAAAAGAUUCCCAAGAGCUUUGUCUUUUCAAGAGGAAGGCUGCCAGGCCCAGUCAGGCAAUUGGAACUGGAUCUUCGAAAGCUUAUGCUCCCUCACACAGCUCUAAAAUUAAAGGAGAAAAAACGGAAUAAGCUGAAAGACUUUCUAAAUGUUGCUGGGCCUAUGGGUGUAACCCAUUUCCUAAUGUUAUCAUAUCCAAUGAGUAGUCCCCAUUUGCGUGUUGCAAGGACACCUCAAGGUCCAACGCUUACUUUUGAAGUUCAAGAAUAUUCUUUGGCUGCUGACAUUGCACGAUCACAAUCUCGGCCAAGUUAUCCUAAGGAAUUAUGUGAUAACUCACCCUUGAUAGUGCUUUCUGGCUUUGGGGGUGGAGAUCAGCACCUGAAGCUCACAACAAUAAUGUUCCAGAACAUUUUUCCUGCCAUAGAUAUAAAUACUGUAAAACUGUCGACAUGUAGGAGGAUUGUUUUAUUAAAUUACAAUUCCGAAACAAAGCUUAUUGACUUUAGACAUUAUUCCAUCCGCCUACAACCUGUUGGUGUCACUCGGAGGAUUCGGAAGUUUGUUCAGAAGCAUGAGAUACCAGAUUUGAGGAACCUUAAGGAUGUCAGUGAAUUUGUGACCAGGGUUGGUUAUGGCUCAGAGAGUGAAGCUGAUGAGGAAUCAGCAACUGUAGAUCUGGCAAGUGAUAUCGGGAGAGUAAACCGUGCAUCUAACAAAAGCGCUGUUAGACUUCAAGAAAUUGGACCCAGGAUGACUCUCCGUUUGGUCAAAAUUGAAGAAGGGCUAUGCUCCGGAAAUGUCAUAUUCACCGAGUUUGGGAAAGAAGUCGAGAAUGCACAUCCAGAAACUCAGGAAGAGUAAUUUCCUUGGACCGACCAGUGGAAAAUGAUGUGGGGGUGGAAGAAAAGCAAAGCUGAAAAUAAUGCUGGAGUAUGCCAUCAGCCAAACUGAAGCCUGUUCUUGUGUGUGUUUCUGGUCAUUUACUAUUGGUUUGGGGUUUAGGUUUUGUUGCUGCCAUUCUGUUAUCGAACAAAAUAUAUAUAUACCUUCGGAAGGAUCCUCUGACAAUGAUCUAAUGAUGAACUGAAUUCUAAUGUUGAAGCGAGAGUAUCAAGUUAGGAUUAUAACUUCUGUAGUUGUUUACAACUACCCGACCUAUUUAAUCGGUUUUGGUAUGCUUAGAACUGUGUAGUAGAGACUCCUGAGACACAAAGUUCAUGAUUUUGAGCAAUGUACAUUUUGGCUGACAUUUUUCACUUGAUUUUUUUGAAUUUUUUAAAUGAUUGAUUAGCCUUGAAAGAAAUGUAAAUUUGAUCGAAGAGGAUGAGAUUUGUUCUUC